ACACACUUUGCUCAUUGCUCAAAAUCUCCUCUUCAUUCAUUUCAUUCUUCACACAUCACUUCAUUUCCAUUUUUAAAACCCUAAAAAAUUCCAAAUUCGUCUUCCACCGUUUCGACUCUGUCUUAACCACGCUUCCUGGUCAGCACACAGUUUUCCUAUGUUCAGCAAACGUAGCAGUCAGUUUUCUCAGCAAGAAACAAUGUGUGAAUCGUUGCUUAAAGAACUUCAGGUAAUAUGGGAUGAACUUGGAGAAUCCGAUUCUCAAAAGGAUGCAAUGUUGCUUGAAAUAGAACAAAUGUGUCUGGAUUUGUAUAAGAAAAAAGUGGAUGAAGCUAAACUGUACAGGGCACAACUUCAGCAUGAAAUUGCUGAUUAUGAAGAAGAAAUUUCUGGCAUCUGUGCUGCAAUUGGUAAACAGUCACCACUUUUUGAGCCUAAGUCUUGUGGAAACUUGAAGAAAGAACGUGAAGCUGUUAUUUCACAACUUGAGGAGAUUCGCAAGUUGAAAACUGAAAGAAAGAAACAGUUUUUGGAAGUCUUACACCAGUUGCAGAAUAUUUCCAGUGAGCUGUAUGGCAAUGUGGGGGUUAAUUCAAACUUAGACGAGAAGAACUUAUCUUUUGAAAAACUUGAAGAAUUAAAGAGGCAAUUAAUUCAAUUUCAAAAUGAAAAGGCCAGUCGACUGAAACAGGUAUCUGAUCUACUGGACACUCUUAGUUCACUGUGCUCGGUUCUUGGUCUUGAUGUCAAAGACAAAAUUAGCGAGAUUUGCCCCACUAUGACUUCCGCUGUUACAAAAGAUGUAAGUGACAAUACAUUAAAGAGUUUAACUUCUGAAGUUAUGAGUUUGAGAGAGGUUAAAAUGCAAAGAAUGCAGAAGCUUCAAAAUUGUGCAACUUCACUAUUAGAGAUGUGGAAUUUGAUGGAUACCCCACUUGAGGAACAACAGAAAUUUCACAACAUGACCAGUAAAAUUGUUGCUUUGGAAUCUGAAUUUACCGAGCCUAACAUACUAUCAAUUGACAACAUCAUCUAUGUUGAGAGAGAAGUUAGAAGGCUUGAGCAAUUUAAAUCAACAAAAAUGAAAGAACUUGUACAGAAAAAGAAGUUGGAGUUAGAGGAAGUGUGCAAAAAUACACAUUUGACUAUACAAACAAUUUUUCCUAGUGGACAUCCAAUAGAUUUAUUUGACUCGGAAUCUGCAAACCAUGAAAAAAUGUUAGAACAAAUUGAGGACCAAAUUUCAAAGACAAAAGAAGAAGCUUUUAGCAGGAAAGAAAUUCUUGAAAAGGUUGAGAAGUGGUUGGCUGCUAUUCAAGAAGAAAGCUGGCUCGAGGAAUACAAUAGGGAUGAUAAUCGUUAUAAUGCUGGAAGAGGUGCGCAUCUUGCGUUGAAACGUGCUGAGAAGGCCCGUGUUUUAUUAAGCAAAAUUCCUGGGAUGAUAGAGGCAUUGAUUUUAAAAGUUGCAGCAUGGGAGAAAGAAAGAGAAUUCGAGUUUUUGUACAACGGAACUCGGCUGCUUUCCAUGCUUGAAGAUUACAAUACCUUAAGGCAGGAGAAAGAGAAUGAAAAGCAAAGACAAAAGGAAGAAAAGAGACUAAAGGGACAACUGAUAGCUGAGCAUGAAACAUUUUUCGGGUCAAAACCCAGCCCAUGUAAAAGCGGGAUGAAGGCUCCCAGAUGUUCAAUUUCAACAGGAGUUCCAAAUACUAGAAAAUUUUCUGUUGCUGGAGCUAUGCUUCAGGAUCUAAGACAAGCAACUCUUAUUCAGCAAUCUAAUAAAAAAGGAAAGAGUACCUCUAAGGUUUUUGGUCAUGCAGCAACGAUGACUCCACAAAGUGCACUAAAGGGAACUGGAAUUCAAUCACCAAUAACUAGGAAGCCACUCUCUCCUGUUUCUUCUACAGUACUGUCCAAAGCCAACAUAAAUUCUCAAGAGCCUAGAAAAAUAAAGAAUGUUGCAACAAAACCAAUGCUGCAAAAAAGUGAAAAGCUAAUAGGAACUCCACCUUCCAAACCAUUCAUUGCUGAUGAUGAUGAUGAGAAAGAAAACAAGACUCCAAGGAAUACCAGAUCUUCUGUGCCAACAACUCCUCUGACUGUCCCUAUGUUCACUGUCACUACACCAGAUACUCUUACUUCUAAGGCUGCUACAAAGAUUGCUUCAUCACUUGAGUAUUCUUUUGAAGAGUUGAGAGCUGGUUUUGUCCUACCUCAGACUCAUGCUCAAUGACAAUGACUGAAUAGUUUGGUGAGGAAGUUCAAUCAACACAAGAUACUAGCUAGGUUGCUAACAAAAUCUCUGUUUUGCAAUAGCAAUUUUCUUUCUUUUCUUUUGGAAAGUACUAGUUUAACUAAGCAACAUCUUUUCACUAAGCAACAUCUUUAUUAUUGUAAUGGGAUUUAGUAUGAUUCAUCAAAUUAAUACUUUUGACUUAAUCUUAAAAACUAGGUGAACAUGUCAUUCUUUUGGGACAUGGAUGAUGGAUGCUUUUCAUAUCCAAGUUUUUUAGUUUUACUGUUCACAAUUUUUAUUUUGUUCUAUUCUUAUAAAUUUUAUUUUGUUUUGUUCUUAUAAA